AUGCCAAGGUGUGUGUGCAGUAUGCCCUCUUCAUUGUUCUGCAGUGGAGGCGCCAAGGCCAACUUGGAUCGCAGGUGCUCAAGAACAGGCUCCUCCGGCGGCUGCGAUUCUACGGUUCCGAAGGUACUACGUCCAUUGUCGGUGGUUCCUUUGACACGACGGGGCGACCUUGUCGUCCAAUAUUUGCAGUUUGUUGAGCACGGGGCUCCCCAAAGCUUUUUGAUGAUCUGCAUCUUGGUACCGCGGGGGGGGGUACGAUCACAACGAGUAGCUCCAACGCUGCCUUGCCCAUGUUGUCGUAGUUCAGGUACCACAUCUUGA